CAUACUCUCGAGGGGUUGUUAAACUAGCUUACCAUAUAGGCUCCCCCUCCCCAUCAUAACAUGUCAGAAACCAACAUUUUGACCAAAUCUCUUCUCAUUAUAUACCACACCCCAUAGAAAAAUUCAACCCGCCUUCUUCUUCUUCUUCUUCUUGUGGUUGUUGUUCUUCUGCAGAACGAUGGGCUGUCCAUCCUCUCAAGAAAGCUGCGAAAACGGGAGAAUGAUCUCAGAGUGCAGCGACGGAUUUUUAGUAGUCGGCAAGGAAAGGGACAGCGGGCAGUCGAAGCUGUGCGCCAGAGGCCACUGGAGGCCCGCGGAGGACGCCAAGCUCAAGGAACUGGUGGCUCUCUACGGCCCUCAGAACUGGAACCUCAUAGCCGACAAGCUCCAGGGCAGAUCCGGGAAAAGUUGCAGGCUCAGAUGGUUCAACCAGUUGGACCCGAGGAUCAACCGCAGAGCCUUCACGGAAGAGGAGGAGGAGCGGCUAAUGCAGGCCCAUAGACUCUACGGCAACAAGUGGGCCUGCAUUGCCAGGCUUUUCCCUGGGAGGACUGAUAAUGCUGUUAAGAAUCAUUGGCAUGUUAUAAUGGCUAGAAAAUGCAGAGAACAGUUCAGUGCUUACAGGCGGCGGAAGCUCGCCCAGCCGCCGUGCGCCCCCGCCUCCGCCUCCGCCUCCGCUGCGCCGCGAGGAAAUGCUUCUCCUUCU